UUCUGAUGUUGAACAUUGAGAAACGUCAGAUGAAAAGUCAAGUGGAAUGAAGCUUGAAGAACGGUUGUGGCGCAAACGCUUGCAUUAGUCAUAAUUUUAGUCUGUGGCUGAAAAUUACGUGGGCUUAGUCCACUAUCAGCCCCCUGUUGUGGGGGAACGCCUGGACUGGAACAUACGGACAUUUUGGAUUAAUUUCGAAUAUCAUCACCCAGAAAGACAAAAUUGAAAGGCUAGGCGAGAUUUCCAUGUUUAUGAAAACUACUACGAGCACAAUGAACAUCUGUUCUUUUACUUGGGUAUAGGUAUUAGUAGCAUGCCAAGCCUUGUGUCAAAAACGAUAAUAGAGAUUUUCCGAAUUAAACUUCAUCGAUAUUCUUCACAAGUCUUCGAAUGCUGAUAGUAAGAAAUGGACUCGGAGCUAUCUCUGAUAGGGAAGGUGUGACUAUCAUCUAGAGACGACGAUCUUCGUCACACUUGCUGAUAACAACUUCCCUCGCUAACACAAAUCUUCUUUGACAUUGUCUUCGUAUUACACCUAAGUCAACAAGCUUACAAUAUGGUGAUCCAAAGCGUCCUAGUCACCGGUGGCCUCGGCUUUGUUGGCUCGGCCAUUGUCGAUGCACUGCACAAAAGGUACCCCUCUAGUUUAAUCAAAAUCUUGGACAUUAGUGAAGAUACCUUCGAAUGGAAAACUAAGUCGAGAUACCCACCAAAUAUCAGUUUUGUGGCAUGCGAUAUUCUAGAUACGGAAAGGCUUAGAGAUGUCCUUCGCCGCACCAAGCCGGAUGUCGUUAUUCACACGGCCGGAAUAGUUCCUCCGUUGAGCGAAAGAUACCAUCGCAGGAUAGAGGAGCAAAUACUAAAUGUGAAUGUCGAGGGAACUCUUAAUGUCUUGAAUGCGACGAGAGAUGCUGGGGUAGGUGUGUUUAUUUAUACAAGUAGCUGUUGCUCUGUGGUUGAUGAUUGGGCGCAUCCUUAUCCAAACAUUGAUGAACGAUGGCCAACGGCGAAAAGGUCGUCAAUAUAUGGCGAAUCGAAGGCAAAGGCAGAAAAAAACGUGCUAGCAGCAAAUUCCCCUACGUUCUCAACAUGCAUCCUUCGACCAUCAGUCAUCAUGGGUCCGGGCGACAAACAGCUUAUCCCACCUAUACACGCCUGUAUAGCAAAAGGAGAGACCCCCUUCAUUAUAGGAUCAGCCAAUAAUCUCUGGGAUGUAACCUACGUUACAAAUGUCGCGGAUGCUCAUGUGCUUGCCGCUGAAAAUCUCCGCUCGAGCACACCAACCGCUGCCGGUGAGAUCUUUUUUAUACAAAACAACACGCCAAUCACAUUCCGAGAUUUUAGCAGAGCUGUAUGGAAAGAGUUCGGACAUAUCCCGCCUUAUGAAGUAACGAUACCGCAAGGUUUGGCUUGGGUAGCCGGUCUUUUGGCAGAAGCUACCUCGUGGUUGACCGGGUCAAAAGAACCUACUUUGAGUAGAGGCAGUGUGAAUGAUGCUUGUGCUAUUAGAUAUGCGAGUGGUGAAAAGGCUAAACGAAUCCUGGGAUACGAAGCAAAAGUAGGUUUGGAGGAAGGCAUUCGCUUGAGUUGUGAGUCGUAUAAGAAGAGACUUGCGAACCAUGAGAAAGAGGAAUGACGCAUAGUAACUGUUGAUUGCAGCUCAUCCUUAAGGUUAGAGACUUUGAGGAUAAGAACAGUGGCAUAAGACUUAGGUAUGUAGAUAUGAAUCGCAAUGGUUGUUAAAUCUAGGAAUUCAUACAAGUACAAUACCUUGAGCUCUGGCAAUUAAGUCAAGAUAUUCCACUACACUUGACAAGCUGAUGAUCUCGUGCUCAGCUCCAGAUAUCGGCUCAUAACCUCCACAUAUAAAUCUACUACUAUUGACUUUCAUUUUGCCCUCUAUAUUUCUUGUAUUGUUAUAUGUAGCACAGAGUAUCGUCGUGCGGCUUUUGCAUCUUCAG